ACAAAAAAUGCAACCUUAAAUAUUUUGUGGAUCUUAAUUCUACUGCCAGAUUACUAGUGGAAUGAAGAAAUGUCAAACUUCUAAUAAAAAAUAAUAACACGUGUGUACGUAUUUAAUUAAAUUCAAGAAAAUAAUUUUCAAAUUAGCAACAUGACCGAGGAAAAUCAAGACGUGACAACCGAAGAAAUCGAGCAAAAGACGGACAAGCCCGUAGAAAAUAAAGAAACCAAUGAGAAUGUUCCCACAAAUGAACCAGCUUCUGAGCCAACAAAAGUUAAGAAACAAUCGGCGGUGAAGAAGCCAACAAAAAAGAAAUCCACUGAAAACAACCCAAUACGCGGUUUACCCAAGUCUGGACGUCCAUGGAAAACACCAAAGCAAAAGUUUGCAACUAUUAAGAAGUCUACAAAGCGUUUAUCAUUCGAAAAGAAAAUGGAGCUGCGUAAUGAACUGAGGCAUAUAAAGGAAUUAUCGAAGGAUAUAAAAGAGCAGCGCAAGGAAGCGGCCGUGCAAAAGAAUCAAAGACGUGUGGAAAAUGCUGAACGCCGGUUGGCCAAUGAGCGGCGAGCUGAAGUUGUGCAGAUAAUUAAGAAUCCAUCUAAAUUGAAACGUUUGAAGAAGAAGCAAAUGCGUAUGAUUGAGAAACGCGAUGUUAGUCAAGUGAAAGUGGUGUAAUUGAGCUCGUAGAAUGAAUCCUAAAGGGUAGCCUAGUAAUCAGCUCAAAGCGGGAGGGUAGAUUAAGUUUUGUAGUUACUAUACAUAUGUAUAUUUUUGUAAAAAGAAAAUUGCAAAAUUGAGUGUACUGAAAACAUAAUAUUUAGAUGAUAUUGUGAAGGAGAUUUCAUUAUUUAAACUCUACUGGUGCGUGUUCAUGCAUUUACUAAUAAAUAUCUGUCAACACGAA